CAGCUCACCUCUGUGCCUCCCCUGGACAUGGAUGCCCAUUUGCCUCCUGCGCCCCUUGCUCGAGGAGGAGAUCUCUGGGAGGCAGUGUGGGAUUUUCCCGAGGCUUUCCUGACUGCAGGCAGCGCCUGUGCUCCCCGCUGGAACGCAGCGAGAAGCUUUCCUCGUCACCCUGGCGAGGCAUCCUGGGGCCUGUGUGCAUGGCUAUUUUGGUCCAUCUUUUUAUCACACACUCCUCCCUGUGGAAUUCACCCAAUUAAAACCUUGCAAUCUGCAGCCUUCACUCUCAGAGGCAGUGAGUGCUUGGAAGGUCCCCUUUCCAGACACACCAUGGCUGCUCGGACUGUCCCCCACGCCUACCCCAUGAGUUCGGAAUAUGAGUUUGCCAAUCCUAGCAAGAUUUACGACCAGAACUUUGGAGAAGGUGUGUCCCCAUGUGAAAUUUUAGCCCCUGCCCUGUACCAUGGCUACUACAUCAGGCCUCGGAUCAAUAAGCAGCUGGAUCGAGGCAUCUCUGAGAUCAACCUCAACGAGCACAAAUUCCAGGUGUUCCUGGAUGUGUGUCACUUCCUACCAGAUGAGCUCACUGUCCGCACCGUAGACAACUUGCUGGAGGUGAUGGGACAGCACCCACAGAAGGCUGACCGCCACGGCUUCAUCUCCCGAGAGUUCACCAGGACCUACAUCCUCCCGCUGGAUGUCGACCCCUUGCUGGUGAGAGCCACAUUGUCCCAUGAUGGCAUCUUAAGCAUUGUGGCUCCCCGGACGGGGAAGGAGGUGAAGGCCAGAGUCAAUGAGGUGAAGAUAACCCAACAGGAGCAGCCAGUGGGGAAAGAAGAGCAGCUUGAAGAAGGAAAAGGGAAGGAAGAGUCCUAAAGGUCCUAGAUCUGGGUUUGCACUGGGAAGGGAGGGGGAACAGGGAUGGGGAAUCUGUGGUACCAGACCCCUAUUUCUCACCAUCAGUGUUUAGUGGCGCUGGGAGGCAUCCAUAUAUAUGCCAGACUUCUGCUUGUUAAGACUGAUGACUGGAAAAAGGGACUUGGAAUUGAAAAAAGAGGGUGCUCUUCUCUCACCUCAAAUGGCAAGGGUCACUUUUACCCCAAACUGUGAGGCUGUGUUGCAGUGGACUGUAAAACAGCUGCUGUUCUCUAGCCCAGAAGGGUACUGGGAAGAGGGAAGACGUUAUCCCAGUGCCUCGCUUCUGAGUUGGCAUCUGACUUGCGUGGAGGUAGAAGGUACUUGUUGGUCUGUAAAAGUACCUGCAGCUCUCAGGAGGAAAAAGGAAUAAAUCUGCCUCUGAUCUUC